AUGCCUGCAAGACGAAGAAGAAGAAGAGAUGCUGCUGCAUCACCAGAACCACAGCGCCCAACCCUAGCCGGGGAUAUGUUUCACUGGUCCAUCCUCUUCCCCGCCGCUCAUUGGGAGUCGGCCCCUAUAGACCGGGGCAGCGUCGACGUCGAGGAUGACCAAAUGCAGAGCUACAAGUGGCUUCAGGGACGCAGCGGACGCAGUGGUACAAAGGGAUUCCUCCUCAUCAAACAGCUUGCUCCUCUCAACCGAAUCCUGCUUGUUCAAGACUUGCAUACCGACGAAUUGCUCAUCAACAAGCGCGUACGCAAGUACCUGAAGAGCGAACACCUGGCGACCUUAUACCCUGAUCACCCCGAUAUGGAAGAACACUUGACACUCCGCUUGCAGAUGUACGCCCAUGCGAUCCCUGGCGAUAUUCGUUUCGCUCAGCUUGUUGGAGACAACGGCGAUGACCCACGUGUAGAGGUGCAUCUCCCUCAUAAGCCCUACUUCCAGAAAUUGUACGCGUAUGGUUUCCCUCACGAUGAGACGGACGGGAAACUGGACCACGCCAUGUUUAAGAGACGGAGAGAAGCCGGGGACUCCUACGAAGAAAUCUACAACGCAUCUCUGUACUACGAAUACUUGAACGGCGGCUCGCUCGAGCAUGCAAUCAUGCGUAUCAACAGGGCAGGUGAGGUGACCCAGUACGUUGACGAAGCGUUUAUCUGGCACGUCAUAGCGCAGCUCGGAGGAGCCCUCCUCUUUCUGCACUUCGGCAUUACCGAGCGCGAUGGGGUAGAACCCGAUAACUGGCACCAAUUUGCCAUCGAUGGUUGA